AAAAAAGACAAGGAAUUUUUUACUUUUUUAAAAAAGACAAGGAAAGAAUUUUUUACUUUUUUUUAAAAAAAGACAAGGAAUUUUUUACAAAGGAAUUUCUUUAUUAAUAAUAAUAAUUUUACGAUGGGAGAAGUUAACGUUCCAAUAAUAACAUUAACGUUAUCAACACCAGCACAACAAAAAUUGGAUGGCUUAUUAGAACAAAAUUCAGAAUUUGAUUCUUCUGAUACAAGAUCAAUAGCUUCUAAUCCACCAGAAUAUACUUCUAAUAAUAAUAAUACACAACAAGAAAACACUUCAACAACGAAUAAUUCAUCAUUAGCUUAUCCAACACAAGCUCACAUAUCCCAAACAUCUGCAUCGACAGAUUUACCAACUUACGAUCAUGCUAAAAUUGACAUGCCUCCGAUUUACCAAACCCCAAUAAUAACUCCUGAAGCUCAUAUUGAUAAUGUUCCUCUUGACACUCAGGCUCCUUGGCCGAUCACCAAAAAGCUUUAUUUCUUUGGUUUCUUAUUUUGGCCUCUUUGGUUUAUCGGAAUGGGAUUUAGUAUAUUUGGUCGCAGCGAAAAGACAAGGAUGUGGGGUCGUCGUUGUGCUUCAAAUUCUUUAAUAAUAAUCAUCGUAUUCGUUUAUCUUCUUGUUGCUUACAUAAGAACUCGUGGUCGUUUGACUUAAUUUUAUAUAUAUAUAAAAAAAAAAAUAUGAAACGGACAUUUU